UCCACGGACGGGGCGACCCCUGCCCCCUUGGUAGCCCCUAAUGGCCAAGCUGCCACACUGCCCCUGCACUAUCAUCAUUCUGACUUCACGAGAAAGUCUAUGGCAAAUUUCUGGAAAGCAAAUAGGAAGUUGUAUUUCUAAGCAGCUUACGCUGAGGGGAGGCAGCAAGACUAUAAGAAGUCUGGGCUGGACGAGAGGCAGAAAGCCAGCAGAGCCGCGGAGGAGAUGGACAGUUGCCUAAAAGCCAUCUGGAUCCUGAGGUCUCAGAGAGCGAUCCUCGGAGCUGCCCAACUCCUCUGGUUCAGUGCUUUGAUCUCUGAGCUAACAAAUCAGAAGGAAGUGGCAGCAUGGACCUAUAAUUACAGUAUAAAAGCAUACUCAUGGAAUUAUUCCAGGGCAUUCUGCCAGAAGCACUUCACAGAUUUAGUAGCCAUCCAGAAUAAAAAUGAGAUUGCUCAUCUCAAUGACGUCAUACCCUACUUCAGUUCUUAUUACUGGAUUGGGAUCCGAAAGAUCAAUAAUAAGUGGACCUGGGUGGGAACCAAGAAGGCCCUCACGGAGGAGGCUGAGAACUGGGCUGACAAUGAGCCCAACAACAAGAGGAACAACCAGGACUGCGUGGAGAUCUACAUCAAGAGUCUGUCGGCCCCUGGCAAGUGGAAUGAUGAGCCCUGCUGGAAAAGAAAGCGGGCCCUGUGCUACACAGCCUCGUGCCAUGACAUGUCCUGCAGCAAACAGGGAGAGUGCAUCGAGACCAUCGGGAACUACACCUGCUCCUGCUACCCCGGGUUCCACGGGCCAGAGUGUGAAUACGUCAGAGAGUGUGGAGAAUUCGUCCUCCCUCAGCACGUGCUCAUGAACUGCAGCCACCCGCUGGGAAACUUCUCUUUCAACUCACAGUGCUCGUUCCACUGUGCCCAAGGGUACCAACUGAAUGGACCCAGCCAGCUGCGGUGUUUGGCUUCUGGAAUGUGGACACAUGGGCCCCCACAGUGUGUAGCCGUGCAGUGUCAGCACCUGGAAGCCCCUGACAAUGGAACCAUGCACUGUGUGCACCCACUUGCCGCCUUUGCUUACGGCUCCCGCUGCACAUUUGAGUGCCAACCUGGCUAUGGAGUGAGAGGCCUGGACACACUCGGCUGCGUUGGCCCUGGCCAGUGGACAGCGCCCCCACCGACCUGCGAGGCCCUGGCGUGUGAGCCACUGGGGAGUCCUGACCACGGGAGCGUGGAGUGCACCCCGUCGUGGAGAGCAUUUCAGUACAACUCCAGCUGCAGCUUCUACUGCGCCGAGGGCUUCCUGCUGAGAGGAGCGGAUGUGGUUCGCUGUGCCGACUCGGGACAGUGGACAGCACCAGCCCCUGUGUGUCAAGCUGUGCAGUGCGGAGAUCUUCCAGCUCCCCGCGGGGCCCAGGGGAACUGCUCCCACCCCUCCGGCGCCUUCCAGUACCAGUCAGUCUGCACCUUCACCUGUGAGGAAGGCUCAUUCCUGGUGGGAGAAAGCGAGCUGCGGUGCUUGGCCACCGGACAUUGGAGUGCUGCUCCUCCAGAAUGCCAAGUUACCUGCACACCUCUGCUGAGUCCUCAGAAUGGAACAAUGACCUGUACCCAACCUCUUGGAGAGUCCAGUGAUAAAGCGACCUGCCAGUUCAUCUGUGAUGAGGGGUUUUCUUUAUCUGGACCUGAAAGUUUGGAUUGUACUCCAUCUGGACACUGGACAGGCUCCCCCCCACAGUGUGAAGCCAUCAAGUGCCCAGAACUCUCUGCCCCCAAGCAGGGCAGCCUGGACUGUUCUCACACUCGUGGAGGAUUCGGCGUUGGUUCCACCUGCCAUUUCUCCUGUGACGAGGGCUUUGAGCUAGAGGGAUCAGGCAGUGUGGAGUGCACAGCUUCUGGAAGAUGGUCAGCACAUCCCCCAGGCUGCAAAGGAGUAGUGCCAGCGCCUACCUCCAACGUGCGAUGCCUGGCCCUCGUCUCUCCUGGGCAGGGAACAAUGUCCUGCACACAUCCCCGGGGAAACUUUGGCUUGGAUGCCACUUGCUACUUUGGAUGCAAAGCUGGAUUCACACUCACAGGAGACAGCACUCUCAGAUGCACACCUUCAGGACAAUGGACAGCAGUGACCCCAGCGUGCAGAGCCAUCGAAUGCACAGAACUACACAUCAAUAAGCCAGUGGUGAUGAACUGUUCCAACCCCUGGGGGAAUUUCAGCUAUGGGUCAACCUGCACCUUCCACUGUCCAGAGGGUCAGUUACUUAAUGGCUCUGCCAGAGCAGCAUGCCAAGAGAAUGGACACUGGUCAACUACCAUGCCAACCUGCCAAGAGGGGCCAUUGACGGUCCAGGAGGUCCUGACUUACUUUGGUGGAGCUGUGGCUUCUACAACAGGCCUGGUCAUGGGCGGGACCCUCUUGGCUCUGCUGAGAAAGCGACUCAGAAAGAAAGAUGACGGGAAGUGCCCUCUGAACCCUCAAAGCCACCUAGGAACAUACGGAGUUUUUACAAAUGUUGCAUUUGACCCGAACCCUUAAGAGACUUGUCUAUCUCCCAGCCUCUCAGGAUCCUGGUUUGUGAACAUGGAGCUUCCUGCUAGACUUGACUUUAACUGUAGCAUGCUUGUUAUAGUUUUCUGUAAAAACCCCUGGAUAAAGGGCAUGGACUCUCCUUUAGAUGAGCUCUGGACCAGAGCAGAGGACCUCUCCACCUCCACCCCUUCCUGCUCCACCUCUGCUCCUUCUCCACACAAGCUGCAGAAGCCAGAAGCAAAUGUCUGUGCUGUGGUCUGUGGACUUACACACAGCUAUCACUGGAAAUACUAGCCAGUCAAAGAGACUGGAGCAUUUGACUCACCAGAAGACCAGACUAGAGAAAUGAAAAUGCCCCUCUAUUUGGGGGUUGAGGAAGGCAUUCUCUGCAGUGUUGGAAGCCAAGCACAUUUCUGACUUGAGGAAACUCUGAUAGGAUCUCCCAGGAUCUCCAGUGAUCGCUGUCUAUGAGGACCCUUAGACCUCUGCUGCUGAGGUUUCCAGAGAAACCUGGGAUGGUGCCCAAGACUAUAGAAGACCUAGAAUCAGUACAGGAAGCCACAUCUCACUGUAGACCUUCCCAAAGGACCCAAAGACCAACUUCAAAUGUAGAAUUAAAUGGAU